CAGUGUCCUGAGGGGACAGGGAUGAACACAGCGCCCCCCCCCCCCGUUCUCCCUGUGCCUAGGAGCCAGGGCCGACAUCCCUGGGGGCCGGCUGAAGGACACCGAGGCCCCGUGCUGGGAGCAAGAGGCAGGCCUGCCCCAUGGGACAAAGCUUCUAGAGCCAGGUGGCCCUGGUUCUGAUCCCCAGCUGCUCCGUAAGACCAGGCUGAUCCCCUGGGCCGAGGUACUUGUCUCCUCCCAGGCCAUUGGUGGAGACAAAGUAGACAUCACACGGGGAGACAGACACCCAGCCCGACGCCACACAUGGAGCGGGUGCUCAGGGUGGACACACCAGUAUUUGCUGGCGAGCCGUGAAACAUACUCUCAUCCAUCGUUCAUCAGGCAAUCCCCGCGCUCCUACCGCGCACUAGGUGCUCUGCUAGGGACUCGGCAAGUGACCAAGACAGACAAAAAUCCCUACGCUCCUAGACCCAGACUGGCGUGUGUAGGUGGGUGGCAUGCCUGGGUGGCUCGGCCCAUUAAGCAUCUGCCUUCAGCUGGAGUCAUGAUCCUGGGGUUCUAGGAUCGAAUCCUGCAUCAGGCUCCUUGUUCAGCGGGAAGCCUGCUUCCCCCUCUGCCUGCAGUUUCCCCUGCUAGCGCUCUCUCUCUCUCUCUGUCUCUCUCUUCCUGUGACAAAUAAAUAAAAUCAUAAAAAAUAAAAUAGGCAAUAAAUUCCCUGCUUCUCAGCGCCAUGGUGAAAAGUACACAAGAUGAAGGGCCUGGCACGAUCCUCAAUCUAUUACUGCCAUCAUUUCAUAAGUAGCGAGCACGCGGUAGGAGCCGGAUAAUCUGAUGGCUCAGCCAGGCCCCUGUGGGUAUACCGACUUCCCACUGGCUGACAGCAACCCGAAUGUAUUCCCUUAGCGUUCUGAAGGUCAGAAGCUCAGAACAGGACAGGGCUGAGUUCAUUCUGGAAACCCUAAGGGAGAAUCUGUUUCCUUGCCUUUUCUAGCUGCUAGAGGUUGCCCGUGUUCCUUGCCACAUGACUGCAUCACUGUGACCUCUGCUUACGUUAUCCUAUCACCUCUGACUUUGACCUUCUUGCUUCCCUCUUAUAGAGAACACUUGUGUUUACGUUGGGCCCACUUGGAUAACACAGGCUAACUUUUCCUUCCAUCAAGAGCCUUGUCUCGAUUACACCUGCAAACCUUCUUUUGCCCUGUAAGAAUGUCUCAGGAGAAUGACACAUGGAAGAAAGAGGUGCUGGGGGAUGAGCUCAUCGCCAUGAGACUGCAGAAGCUGGAACACCAGAGACGGCUCUUUGAGAAGAAGCAGCGGCGGAAGCGCCAAGAGCCCCUCAUGGUUCAGGCCAAUCCCGACGCCUCCCUGUGGCCCCGGCGACCAUGGCGACGGGAGGAGCGCCUCGCGGGUGACAGCAGCCUUGGGAACCCUUUCCUCCAGGAAAACGUGCCAGAGGCACACCUGCGCUCUGGUGUCCACAGUGCCCUGGGCAUCGUGAGCUGCGGUGGAGAUGGCAGCGGUGAGCAUGGCCCACUGGCAUCGCCGACAGAAGGAGACAGUUCCGACCCAGAGUUGGAGGAAGUUUCCGUGGAGGAUGUCCCCGCUUCUCCACCUCCUUAUAAAGAGCCUCCAGGGACUCGACGCAGGGGUUGGCCAGCCCACCAACGACCUGGGGCCAGUGCGGAGGAAGAGAGUGAACCCCGGGAUGUUGGAAAUGAAUACGAGGCCCCCAGUCCACAACCAAACCCGGGCAUGGAUGAUGACCUGGGACGCGGAGACUUGGCCUCCAACAAGGGCGAAGACCUGGAAGAGAAGAAAGAGGAGUUGGAGUCCAGAGUGAGGACGUCCCCACCGGCAGCCGAAGAGGUGUCCGAGACCCCGGAAGGCGAGGUCGGCGCGGGAAGCAGUGAUGUGGGCAGCUCGCCCCGCGCGCCUCUCCGCGCGCCUGGCCCUCGUCUGGGAGAGGACAUGGAAGCUUAUGUGCUGCGGCCGGCGCUGCGCGGCCGCACGAUGCAGUGUCGCAUCAGCCGCGACAAGCGCGGCGUAGACAAGGGCAUGUUCCCUUUCUACUAUCUGUACCUGGAUGCCGCCGAAGGCCAGAAGCACUUCCUCCUGGCUGGGCGCAAGAGAAAAAGGAGCAAAACCUCGAAUUACCUCAUUUCCCUGGACCCCACAGACCUGUCUCGGGAUGGGGACAACUUUGUGGGCAAAGUCAGAUCUAAUGUCUUGGGCACCAAGUUCACCAUCUUUGACAAUGGGGUGAAUCCUGAAAGGAAGAAUUUCAUCCCGGAGACUGCUCGGAUCAGAGAGGAGCUGGGGGCUGUGUGUUAUGAAACCAACGUCUUGGGAUUCCGAGGGCCCCGGAAAAUGACUGUGAUCAUUCCAGAAAUCAAUGCCCAGAACCAGAGAAUCCGUAUCCAACCUCAAAACGAACAGGAGUCGCUAUUGAGUCGCCUCCAACGCGGGGCCCGUCAGGGGCUUGUCCUGCUGCAAAACAAAGCCCCGUCGUGGAGCAACGAGAGCGGCGCCUACGUACUCAAUUUUCACGGUCGAGUCACUCGGGCCUCGGUCAAGAACUUCCAGAUCGUGCAUCCGGAUGACCCCGACUACCUGGUGCUCCAGUUCGGCCGCGUGGCCCCAGACACGUUCACCAUGGAUUUCCGCUUCCCACUUUGCCCGCUCCAAGCCUUUGCCAUCUGCUUGUCCAGUUUCGAUGGCAAGCUGGCAUGUGAGUAAUGCAAUGAAAUGUCAUGCCCUCACCAGCUUCUGUGCCUGCUCAUUUGGAGGAAGGGCCCCCGCGAGCCUCAUUUUGCACCACCUUACUCAUAACCAACACAUCCUACUCUGCCUGCGUGCCCAGUCCUGUGCUCUGGGGAGUGGGCUUUUCAGCGACACCUACUUUCACCGGAGUCACAGUCAUGGGAGAUGGGCCUUAGACAACAACACAAAAUCAAAAUGCUCCUUUGCCACAAAGGAGAAAAGCACGUGGAGGCACAAUUCAGCUGGGUCACAUCAAGGUAUCUAUAAAAAAGUGAUUUUCACACCACGUCUGAAAAAUCACGAGGAACUAGGGCCAGAGGGGUCAGGGGCGAGAACAUCAGGGAGUAGGCACAGCUCAUACAAAGGUCAUAAGGUGAAAAGGGGGCUCGAUCGGUUUGGGAAAAUGGAAGGAGACUAGUGUGGCCAGAGCCUGGGGAACCACUGAAGAGGGGCAAGGUAUUUGAGCAUCAGAAAGACUUCUGAGUUGGAGACAUGAACUUGGAUGGGUCAUUGAAGACAUGCAUGGGUGAGAGAGAAUGAUUACAAUAUUAGCUACACUUAACUAACAUUUAUUAUUUGGUGAACAUUGUUUUGAAUAUGAACUUGGGAUGCCUGGAUGGCUCAGUUGGUGGACGGUGGGAAUCUUGAUUUCAGCGUUGUGAGUUCAAGCCUCACGCUGGGUGUGGGGGUUACUUAAAAAUAAAACCUAUUAAAAACGCAAAUAAAUAAAUAUGAACUCCUUUGGGGGUCUUACAGUCCUAUAA